CGGUUGCCAGCAGCAAAUCUGUGUUGAGAGCUGCGCAGCCGCUCUGCGCAUCCGCCAGCUGAGCCGAGGUGGACAGCGCAGCCAUUUCUCUGCCCCUCGCCAUAAAAUACACGCACGGAGUGGUCUUAUUCCACGGCUGCACGCCGCUUCAGACGUGCGGGACUCGCGGCUUUUGCAGCGCGACUUGAGGUUGAAGUCUGCAUCACUGAUCAAGAGCCGCGAUCUCCAAACUUUCUGCCAAUUCACCGCCUGCGCAGACAAAACGAGCUGUUUCCGCCGCUGGGUUCACAUGUGUGUAUAUAUAUGCUGUAUGUGAGCCAUGGAGGGGAAUUUUGAAGGAGGCUGCAACGAAGUCGCAACGAUGCAUGUGAAAACCGAAGCGGAUGAAAGCCCAUCUGCUCUGGUUUUGGGCAGUCAGGAGUCGCCUGCGCCCUGCGGAGAUACCGCAUGCAGAGGAGGAGGAGGAGGUGUGGGACAGACUGCAGAGGAGCUGGCUGACACGGAGUUGCAGGCCGCCACAACAACCACCCCUGUACUGCUGUAUCCAGUGAGCACAGACCGCUUCUUCACCACAUCAGCAGAUGGAAAAACAUACCUGAAGAUUGCCCCAGCUGCAGUGAUGCCACCUGCUUCCUCAGAAAAGACGCUUUCCUCUGGCUCAGAUUUCUCCUCUAAAGCCGUAUUGUGUCUCAUUGAGGCUGUCGGGCGCCGCUGGGGCUUGUACGAGACUCGAGAACGCUCUCAGCUUUUCCAGAGUGUCCAGGAAGAGAUGGCCUCCAAGGGACACGUGCUUCCUGUUGAAAAGAUCCGCCGCAAGUGGAACAACCUCAUUGUCACAUAUAAGAGGGUUAAAGACCGCAGCCGGGAGACAGGACACGCUAAGACGUCCUGGGAGUUCUUUGAUCUGAUGGAUGCCACGCUUUGUGACACUAUUGGCACACAGAUCAUCAACAACAAAAGAAACAAAGCAGCUUCUACACCUCCUGGUCCUUUAGCAAAGAUCGCUGCAAAGCCAGGGCAGCAUCAGCAGCCGCCCAUCAUUCGCCCUAACGGUGACUUUGCCACAUCUGGUGGUGUGGAGUCCGUAAGCCUAGGGGUCGCCAGUCAGAUCAUCAAUAGCACUGCUACCAGUACCUCACUGAGUACAGCAACUAUUAGCCCAAUAAAUGCUCCAGACCUCAAGCCCCUCAUUGUCCUCAGUGGUGAUAUUGCUACCACAAGUGUUCAGCCGGCCACCAUCGUACCAUCUCCAUCCUUUAUCUCCUCGCCUUGUUUUACAGAAACAGCCUCUACAUCCCCCUCCCUUGGGUCAACUAGCUGCACAGACUCUAAUGUGUCAGGCUACACGAGCCGUAAAGCUUCAUCUUUCGCAUCCAGUGUCAUACCUUUUCGCCUCAAUACAACACCGCUUAACCACAAUCAGAAUGUCCUCGGGCUGUCUUCGUUCCCCCCUACGUCUUCCUGUCUCGCCUCUUCUGUUCCCUCCUCGCAAUCGACAAAUACUUUUCCGGGAACAGAAGGGCAAAAUCAGAAAGGAAACAAGGAGCAAAGCAGCAUCCCGUUGUUCCAGGAGAUCUUGAAGCGGCAGGAGGAGCAGGCCUACCUGGAUCAAGUGGCUCAGCGUAGGGUGGAGGCCAGAGAGAAGAGGCGAGAGAGGAGGGAGGUGCGGAUGUCUGAGUCCCUCGGAAGGAUAGCCACAGCCUUGGAGCUGCUCUCAUCCAAGCAAGACACAGUCAUUGCCCUCCUGCAGAGACUGGCAGAUCGGAAGUGAACUUUUUAUUAUAUAAUAUAUAUAAAGGACAUACAAGUGAAAAAAACUAACUUCAAUUCUUCAUCAUGGAAAGUGAAGUGUUGUGUUGUUCUGGGUUUCAUGUUUCAGUUUGCUGCAUUAACCAUGGAAAAAAAAGCACUUUCAGCAAAUAAAUUAAGUUGGCACCACUUGAAGUAAUGGAAGCAAGA